AUGGAGGCCGCGGAACAUUUGAAGAUGGGCGGGAAAUCGGAGGAGGCCGAGGCAAAGAUGGAGGAGAAGUCGAAGAUGGAGGAGGGCAAAGCAAAGAUGGAGGCCACGGCAAAGAUGGAGGAGAAGUCGAAGAUGGGGGAGAAAUCGAAAGUGGAGGAGGACAAAGCAAUGAUGGAGGCCACGGCAAAGGUGGAGGAGAAGUCGAAGAUGGGGGAGAAAUCGAAAAUGGCGACCACUGCGAAUUCGAUGAUGGAGACCAACUCGAAAAUGGAGGAGGAGGACAAGUCGAAGAGCAGCCAGCAGGAAUGAUGAGAGGACAAUAAAAGAAGCUAUAAGUGUUCCAGAGAAGAAAAAAGAUGUGUGAUUGUUGAAGAGAAAGCUCAAAAUAAUAAUUGUUGUUGUUGUUGUUUUCCCUCAAAAAUAUAUUUGUACCUAUUUUCCUAUAUUGCCUUCUAUACCUAUAUAAUUACCCAAACAUUUUGUUGUAUAGUAUUUGUUUC